AAAAAAAACUUACUGGGCCGCGGUCUCAUAGAAGUUGAGAACCACUGCACUAUAGGAACUAGAAUUACUGUCAUGUUACAGCUGUGUUGUAGUAGUACACAGUAUGUAUUUUCUUUAUGUAGCUAGUUGCACAACUGACUGGUAAUCAAAAUCAUAAAUUAAGAAUUGUCAUCGGAAAUGAACUGCUGUGUAGUCUGGAGAAAGUUAUCCGACUUUUCAGGGAAACAUAUUCUGCCUUCCAUUAUUAAACAUUCCUUUUCUACUUUUCCAUCUUUUCUGACAUUGAGGACACAUUAUAUAACUGAUGUGUCAUCAAUUAUUAUGAAGCUUUACAAUCACCUCCAUAUUUACAUUACACAUGUCAUGCUUACAGUAGGUUUAUAUAUUCAUAAAGGUCAGUUUUGCAAUAGAAAUCAUGGGAACAUUUUCUCUAAUAAAAACACAGCCCUACUGCUGGGUCUCUUAAUUUUGCAUGCAUAUUUGGAAGGCACACCAGCACUUCUGCAAGUCCAUAAUUUGUCGAUUAGAGAUAAUCAGAGCUUAUAGAGGUACUGUUAUACAGCUGGAUCAGUGAAAUAUACAAGUGCUACCAGCAAUGACUACCGUAAAUAAUGCAAGUCUGCAGUCUACACCUCAGGAAGAUAUUGUCAUUUCAGGAAUAGCAGGCUGUUUUCCUGAAUCAGAAAAUGUGUAUCAGUUACAAGAAAAUCUGUUUAACAAAGUGAACAUGGUGAAACAAGGCAACCAGCGCUGGAAAUUCGAUCACCCUAAGGUUCCCGGGUUUGCAGGCAGGGUGCCUAAUGUUUCCAAGUUUGAUGCCUCAUUCUUUGGAAUUAACUACAAGCAGGCACACAUCAUGGAUCCACAGUGUCGUCUGCUGCUGGAGAGAGCAUAUGAGGCCAUUGUGGAUGCAGGUGUCAACCCUUGUCUCCUCAAGGGGCAGAGGACUGGAGUUUUUGUUGGUGCUAUAUGCAGUGAGACAGAAAGCAUGUGGUGCUGCAGUAUACCACAUGAAAAUGGAUAUGGGUUGACAGGUUGUGUUCGAGCUAUGCUUGCCAACCAAAUUUCCUACUGGCUUGGCAUCACUGGCCCCAGCUUUGCAGUGGAUACUGCCUGCUCAUCCAGUUCCUAUGCAUUUGAGCAGGCGUGCAGAGCCAUCCGGGAUGGGUGUUGUGACUCAGCUAUUGUGGGUGGCUGCAACCUUUGUUUUCAUCCUUACUUAUCAUUCCAGUUCUCAGAGCUCGGUGUCUUAAAUCACGAAGGCUUUUGUAGAACCUUCGACAGGGAUGCUAAUGGUUAUGUGCGCAGCGAGGCUGUAUGUGUAAUCUUCCUUCAGAGGGCUUGCAAUGCAAAGCGUAUAUAUGCUACGGUGCUUAAUAACAAGACAAAAUGUGAUGGCUAUAAGGAAGAGGGCAUCAUGCAUCCGUCUGGAGAUAUGCAUAAAUUGCUCCUGGAUGAGUGCUACCAGGAGUGUGGUGCCAGCAAGAACUUACUAGAAUACUUCGAAGGUCAUGGAACAGGGACAAAAGUUGGCGAUCUAGAAGAAUUGAAAGCAAUUACUCUAGCUUUUUGUAAAGACAGGAAGUCUCCGCUGCUGAUAGGGUCAGUCAAGUCAAACAUUGGGCACACUGAAGGGGCAUCAGGUCUUUGUGCUAUCAUCAAAGUCAUCAUUAGUAUGGAGACUGGCUUCAUACCCCCAAAUCUUCACUACAACAACCCCAGAGAGGGAGUUGAAUCACUUAUGAAUGGACAGCUGAAGGUGGUGACUGAGAAGGUUCCAUGGACCGGCAACCUUGUGGGUGUCAGCUCCCUUGGACUUGGAGGAGCAAAUGCCCACAUCAUACUACAGAGGAAUCAAAAACAAAAAGUGAAUGAUGGGGCUCCUGCAGGCUCUGUUCCAUUCAUUAUUGUUGCAUCUGGACGUACAGAGGAGGCAGUUGAUGUCAUCCUGAAGAAUUUUGAGAGCCAUCCAGUCAAUGCAGAAUUCGUGCACCUGAUGCAUGAUCUCCAGUCAACAGAAAUUGUUGGCCACAAGUACCGUGGGUACACACUUCUCACACAGGAUGGCAGUAACCAGAGGAGUAUUAAAUUUUACCCUGGAGGCAAGCGACCUGUCUGGUUUGUGUUCACUGGUAUAGGCUCGCAAUGGCCAGGUAUGGGGAGAUCUCUCCUCACACUGCCAGUUUUCGCAGCUGCCAUUGGAAAAUGUCAGGAAGCUCUUAAACCUCAUGAAGUAGAUGUGAUUGAUAUCAUCACAUCUGAUGAUUCCAGAAUCUUCAGUAACAUCCUAAAUUGCUUUGUGGGCAUUGCAGCUUGCCAGAUUGGGCUGGUGGACAUCAUGAGAGCAGUGGGAAUUGAGCCAGAUGGCUUUGUGGGCUUCUCACUGGGAGAGCUGGGCUGCAGUUACAUGGACCGCUGCUUCACGGCUGAGCAGGUGAUGUUGGGAGCGUACUACUGUGGCCGUGCAGUUCUAGAAACAGAGCUCAUCAGGGGCUCAAUGGCUGUAGUUCGUCUUGGUGCUCAGGAAGCCAGGGAGCUGUGUCCACCUGACAUUAAGGUGGCUUGCCACAAUGGGCCUAAAUUCUGCAUACUCUCAGGUCCAGCUGAGUCUAUGAAGAAUUUUCUGAAAGUUCUGCAAAAAGAUGGCGUAUUUGCUGAGAUGAUAAACUGUGGCAACAUUGCUCACCACAGCAAGCACGUAUCAUCAGUUGGGCCUCUCCUUCUCACGUAUUUGAAGGAGCUGAUCCCAUGUGCAAAUCGCCGGUCUCCUCACUGGGUGAGCUCUUCAGUGCCGCAGAGUGAAUGGAACACUGCAGCAGCAACACAGUCAUCAGCAGAGUACAUCACCAACAACCUGGUUAAUCCUGUGCUUUUUGAGGAGGCAUCACGACACAUCCCACAUAAUGCCAUCACUAUUGAGAUUGCUCCACAUGGGCUUCUGCAUCCCUUCCUGGAACAUUCCCUCAACAAGGGCAUAACCAACAUUGCCCUUACCCAACGAGGUUACCCAGACAGCAUUGAGUGGCUCCUCACUUCUCUGGGCAAAUUGUACGAGCUGGGUUUGCAGCCACAGCUGGCAAACUUGUAUCCCCCAGUUCAGUAUCCUGUAAGCAGGGGGACUCCAAUGAUUUCACCACUGGUCCGCUGGGAGCACUCAGAGGACUGGUACGUCAUGCACUGCACGACAGAGUCCAAAGACAAAUCUCGUGAGCGAUCUGUGUCCAUCAGCUUGCAGGAUGAAUCAACAGAAUACUUGUCAGGACAUAUUGUUGAUGGCAGAAAUCUGUUUCCUGCCACAGGCUACCUUGAACUUGUGUGGAAAUCAGUGGGACUGAUGACUGGACAAAAUUAUACCGAAGUACCAAUUGUGUUUGAGGAUGUACGGUUCCACAGGGCUACUAGCAUACCCAAGCAAGGAAACCUACACUUCACUGUUAUGGUCCAGAAAGCAAGUGGGAAGUUUGAAGUAACAGAGAGUAAUACACCAGUUGUGAGUGGCUUGGUGCGGGUGCCCACAAACAUCUCCCAUGAAAUGGUGGCACUGGAGCCUCCCAAGCCAAUUGUUAAUGAAGACCUGCUUGAACUUUCAUCGCACGAUAUCUAUAGGUAUUUUCGACUGUGUGGAUAUGAGUAUGAAGGGCUUUUCCAUGGCCUUGUUUGCGCAGAUAACCAUGGUCGUACAGGAAAGGUGUGCUGGAAAGACAACUGGGUUGCAUUCCUUGACAAUGUGUUGCAAAUGAAACUCUUUGAGGUAUAUUCACCAGAUCUUUCAGUACCAACUUCACUCCAGAAACUCACCAUAGAUGCCAAGCGGCAUGCUGCUAAUGUCCAGGAACUGAACGCUAAGAACAGUGAAGCUGUGGUCCCAGUGCAUGUCUACAAGGAGCUGAAUAUCAUCCAGGCAGCAGGUGUGGAAUUUCGGGGACUGAAAUCAAGUACCAUAUCUCGGCGCAAGCCCCUGAUGAAGCCUGUGCUAGAGAAAUAUGUGUUGACACCUAAUGUAGAGCCAGCACACCUGGACUUACACACCACAUUGCAGGUUUGCAUGGACAUCGCUGUGGAGAACAAGCCUGUCACCCAAGUGAAGGUGGUGGAGCUACACACCCAAGGCUCCACACCUCUUUCACCUGCUGUGGCACUCAUCCUUGCAGACAGGCCACUUCUAAAGGGAGACAUAACAGUCCUGGGUAAGGACAGUGAUCUGUCAAGGGCAGACCUGGACAUGACAGGGAUCAAGGUUGAGGAACAUGAAGUAGAGGAUGAGCACAACUGCACACUGGUUAUUGCAUCAAACAUCCUGCUUCAUAAAGAACUGCUGCAGACUGCGGUGAAUGCCCUGGCUGAUGGGGCCUGCCUCCUGGCUCGUGAGAAAGUUGACACAGACAGUGUGGUCAGCAAUUGCUUCAGACUCGAAACUGUGUUUGAGAAGACUCUGAAGGAUGAGAAGCUGCUGUUGCUCAGGAAGGGAGUGACAGUGGAAAGUCCAGUUGUGAUCCAUGUGACUGGCAGUAACUAUGACUGGCUGCCUGAAGUGCAAACUGCCAUCAGUAGCAGCUCUAAACGUCACAUUAUCCUUGUGGCUCAGGGUGAACCACUCAGCGGCAUUGUGGGUCUCGUCAACUGUAUCCGCAAGGAGCCAGGCAGUGAUUAUGUCAGGUGUUUUUAUAUUCUGGAUACAUCUGCACCCCCAUUUGAUGUGAACUUACCAUUGUAUCAGCAACAGCUGAAGAAAGAUCUUGUCAUGAAUGUAUACAAUGAUGGAAAGUGGGGGUCAUACCGAUACCUCCCACUAGGCACCUGUACCAGCAUUGCUGUUUGGCAUGCCCACAUUAACAUCAUGACCCGAGGCGAUUUAUCUAGCUUCAGGUGGAUUGAAGGAAAUCUAGACCCUCAGAGCCUUCAGUUGGAAUCAGGUGAAGUACUGUCACACAUCUAUUAUUCUUCACUCAAUUUUAAAGAUGUGAUGACAGCCACAGCUAGGCUACCAUUGGAACUUGAUAGACAUCUGAAUCUGCACUAUAUAGGAGUGGAAUUCUCUGGACGUGACCAGGAGGGACAACGAGUUAUGGGUAUAGUAAAUUCAGGAGCUCUGGCCACUGUGGUGUGUGUAGACAAGACCUUCCUGUGGGAUGUGCCAGAUCACUGGACACUUGAGGACGCAGCAACUGUGCCUUUGGUCUAUGCAACAGCUUACUAUGCGCUGGAGAUGAUUGGGCAGAUGAAGGAGGGUGAUACAGUGCUUAUCCACUCGGGCACUGGGGGUGUUGGCCAGGCAGCUAUCAACAUUUGCCUACAUGCAGGAUGUGCAGUGUACACCACUGUUGGGACUAAGGAGAAACGGGAUUUCAUCAAAAAGCAGUACCCACAGUUGACAGACUGCAACAUUGGCAACUCUCGAGACACCUCAUUUGAGCAACUCAUCAUGACAGAGACAAAUGGCAGAGGAGUGGACCUUGUUCUCAACUCCUUAUCUGAGGAAAAGCUGCAGGCUUCUAUACGCUGCCUUGCUCCUCGAGGACGAUUCCUGGAGAUUGGCAAAUUUGACCUUAUAGGCAACAAUACUAUUGGCAUGGAGGUGUUCCUGAAGGGUGUGAGCUUCCAUGGUGUGAUGUUAGAUGCAGUCUUCGUUGGAUCCUAUGAAAUGAAGAAGACUUUGCAUGAUGUAGUUGCUCAAGGAAUCUCUGCAGGGGUUGUUCAGCCCCUACCAAGGACUGUGUUUCCUCACUCCAAAGUGGAACAGGCUUUCAGGUACAUGACAACUGGGAAACAUAUAGGAAAAGUGCUGGUGCAGAUUCGACAGGAGGAAGACAACAAAGUGGUUGUGCCUGUACCACGGCUGAUGAAGGCUUACCCGCAGUACUUCUGCAACCCCAGCUACAGUUAUAUAAUUGCAGGGGGCUUGGGAGGUUUUGGUCUGGAACUUGCUGGCUGGCUUGUGUUACGAGGUGCUCGUAAACUGGUACUGUCAUCUCGGAGUGGUGUAAAAACUGGCUACCAGAGCUUCCUUAUGAGAAUAUGGCGCAGCUAUGGUGCAACAGUAAUCAUUUCUCUUGCCAACAUCACCACAAAGAGUGGUGUAAGAGCUCUGUUGUCAGAAGCAAACAGACUGGCCCAGGUGGAUGCCAUAUUCAACCUGGCUAUGGUGCUGCGAGAUGCCGUCCUGGAGAACCAAACUGAGGCAGACUUUGUCACUUCUGCAGGACCCAAGGCACUUGCAACAUGUCACCUGGACGAGUUGUCUCGCCAGAUGUGCCCACAUCUGCGCCAUUUUGUAGUGUUCUCCAGCUUAUCAUGUGGGCGUGGUUAUGCAGGACAGACCAAUUAUGGCAUGAACAACUCUGUCAUGGAGCGCAUCUGUGAGGCCCGUGUCAGAGAUGGGUUGCCAGGCCUUGCUGUGCAGUGGGGUGCAGUGGGGGAUGUGGGGCUGUUGGCAGAGGUGCAGGAGAAACAGCAAGGCAUUGGAGGCACCUUACCUUAGAGAAUUGUGUCGUGUCUUCAAGUGCUCAAUGAAUUCAUGAGGCUGUCAUGCCCUGUAGUGUCAAGCAUGGUUGUUCCAGAAAAAGAUGCAGG